CGGCACACUUCUUUUGCGAUCUACAAAGGCACCGGCAGUUUUCGGCAAUUGGUCACAUACCUCAACAACCUAUCAAUUGAGCGGAUGCACAAGACACCGCUGCACGCCUUGCGGUGCCUUGCAAGCUGCAACAUGCAGAUAAUUAACAUGUUGCUCCAAUAAUACACUCAAUGCCCAAUACAAUGUCACAUGACUAUGUAGUUUCGACAAAGGUCGACGAAAUCGUGCAAUGGCAGCCGAUGGUUGUCCUUUCUUGCGCCCUUUACAAUAAUCGACAUGAUCGCUCAGCUAGUGGGUUUUGGAAAUGGAGAGAGAACCAAGCUGCGGUGGCACAAGAGCUGGUUUCAACCGGGAUAGUUGAAGUACUUGGGGCCCUUGCUUGAUCUACUCACACACACAUACACACACACGUGAUUAUAUUUAUUCUAUAAACUUAAGAGGACAUAUGAGAACCGCCAAGUGGCAAAUCACACAACUGCGCUUAUUUGAGGACGUUUGACUCGACCCUCCCUUCCAGUGCACGAUGGAAGGCAAGAGUAUUUUGCAUGCCAAAUCAGUCUUGGCUAGCGUGUCAGAGCUUCGGCCAAGCAGCCUUUUGUGCCAUCACGGCAGCGCAUGCACACCCUUUGGCAGAUUGAGUGCGACCGGAGAUUAGAUCGCUCAAUCUUUGCUUAGCUUGCCCCGACAGCAUUCCAAAGGCAUAGACUAUUCCAAUGCGAUCAGAGUCGAGCCUUCGCAAGCUAGGGGUGCUUGGCGAUGGUGCCACAUCCUACUGUGGUGCGUGCUGUGACCCAUAUUUCCAACCAGUAUGAUAGACUGGAGAGUGGCCCCACAUGCCAAAUGCACACGGCUUGCACGGCUCAAGAUACGCAUGCAAUGCACAUCUCCAAAGCUGGCGAAAUCGCACUUCCAGGGUUAUUCCAGCGGUCUGCCUGCAGUUUGGUGAGGCUUGGGAAUGCGUGGCCAUGGCGCCGGUCAACGAGCAGGAGAUGCAAAAAGAGCUUGAAAAGUUCAAGGCAAUGCAGGAGACAUUGCAAAAGGCCUAUGAAGCGCGCAUGGGAUUAAUUGCGCAGCAGCAGGAGACCGAGCUUGUCAAGGAAGAGUUUGACUCGAUAGAGGAAGAUGCUGUUGUGUACAAACUGGUUGGCCCAGUGAUGGUCAAGCAGAAUGUAGAUGAUGCCAAGGGAAAUGUGACCAAGCGCCUAGAGUACAUUUCCGGAGAACUGGAAAGGUCAAACAAGAUAAUUGAAGAGAAAGAGAAAGAACUUGGGGAGAAGCAAAAGCAUUUGAUCAAGAUGCAGCAAGAGUUGCAAGGUGGCUGAGGGCCUUGGUGAUAAUGUCAACCCACUAGUCGCCAAAACGAAACUGCUGUGUGCCCAAACGAGCAAAAGGCUUGUGCCAAUCACACAUCGCGUUUGCAGCUUGCAACAAAACAAGACGUGCAGAUGCUCAUGCCGGGGUGGACAGUGGAUCCUGGUUGCCAGCACGGGGGAACUUUUAAAUGCGUA